CCAUACCUAUUCAACACUGUUUGAUUAUAUAAACACUCACCUGGGUAAGCCUGUGUUCUUUCUCACACCUCUUUAAUUUUUUUUUUUUCUUUGUUUUUCCCCCCUUUCUUAUGGAGCACUUAGCUUUGAGCAUCUUUCAGCUUUGAAUCUGUAUACCUGAGAUAAAGAAUUUGAAAUGGAUUCAAAAGGGAGUUUACGUGCUACCACCUGGGCAAAGUCUUCUUCCUUAACAACCUCUGCUGAAAAUGGAUUACAGACAAACAUAUCCUCGGCGGAUUCUUUCUCUUUACCGGGCUUCGGUUCGCUACAUAAUCAGCACAAAUGGCCUGAUCCCUCUAUUUCAGAUUAUGGGGUCAGGGAAGAAGCCCCCCUACAAGGGUUCAGCCAACCUUCUCAAGCCCAGACUCUGCUUCCUUGCGACACCAACAACAAGAUUAAGAUCCCUGAUCAAGAAAACUGUCCACUGAGUGAAUCAUCACAAACAAAUAGACUCCAAAAUUGGGAUCCCAGUGUGAUGUUGUAUAACCUUUCCUUCUUGGAAAAUAAGAUUCAUGAGCUUCAGGAUCUAGUCCACCUGAUUGUUAGUCAAAAAGACCAACCUAAUGAAAUUGUGACACAGGAGCAGCAGCUUAUCACUACUGAUCUUACAUCAAUUAUUGUUCAAUUGAUCUCUACUGCAGGCAGUCUUCUCCCUUCGGUUCGGCAGACCCUUAUAAAUGGUAAUCCUUUGGUGGGACAGCUUGGCCAACUUUGUGGAAUUGCUGUUCCUUCCGGAUCAGGUCCAAGUAGCAGCUGUAUUCAACCACAAAAUAAUAACGGAAAUAAACUGUCUGAUCAAUCCAUGCAGAAUGAUCUACCUAGUAAUCGCGAAAUGGAACAAAACUACAUGGAAGAACAUGAAUAUAAAGAUGAAGAUGCAGAUGAUGGUGACAACCUUCCACCUGGUUCAUACGAGAUUUUACAAUUAGAGAAGGAAGAAAUCCUCGCACCUCAUGCGCAUUUCUGUACAAUUUGCGGGAAGGGAUUCAAGAGGGAUGCGAAUCUUCGAAUGCACAUGAGAGGCCACGGUGACGAGUACAAAACCCCAGCAGCCCUUGCGAAACCGCAUAAAGAAUCCGGGUCUCAACCGAAGCUUAUUAAGAGGUAUUCCUGCCCUUAUCAUGGGUGCAAGCGUAACAAGGAUCACAAGAAGUUUCUACCUCUGAAGACCAUUUUAUGCGUCAAAAACCAUUACAAAAGAACACACUGUGACAAAAGUUACACUUGCAGCAGAUGCAACACCAAGAAGUUUUCAGUCUUGGCUGAUCUAAAAACUCAUGAAAAGCACUGUGGUAAGGAUAAAUGGCUUUGUUCAUGUGGCACAACAUUUUCGAGGAAAGACAAGCUUUUUGGACACAUUGCUCUUUUUCAAGGUCACACACCAGCAAUUCCCUUGGAUGAAAGCAAAGAAAACAAUAAGGUAGGGGGUAUGAACUCCUGUUUGGUGUCAAAUCCUUCAACUGAAAAUGGAGUUCAAAAUAUCAUGGAUGCAAGAGCUAAUAUUGAUGAUCCUAUCAGUUAUCUGUCAUCAUUGAACUUUGAAGCUAACUUUGGUGCGUUCAACGAAUUCACUCGACCUCCACCUGAAGAAUCAGAAAGUUCUUUCUCUUUUUUCAUGCCCGGAUCUUUUAAACCCGGAGGAGAAUCAAGUCGUGACAAUAUUUUGUGACAAAUUGUAAUGCUGUUAGUUUAGUACUUCCGUUAAUAUAUAUGCAUUUAUGUCUUUUCCCAUGUGAAGCAACGUGUAACGAGGCUUUUCUAGUUUAUGUUAAAUUUGUAAAGAAAGUUAAUUAAAUGUCCAUGCAAUUUCUGUAGAAACAAUAGAUUUUCAUGCAAUUUCAUAGUACUCUUUAAGUUUAGUUGGAUAAGAA